GUGCCUGUGAGUGAACAAUGGCAACACGAUUCCACGUGAUAAUUAAAUAAAAUAAGUUUUAUUAGAAUAAGUAAUUCAAUGUUUGAUUGAAUUUCAUCAAAAUGUUAAACCCUAAGUAUUUGGGAGAUGACCUCCCAGGAUUCGAAGAUAGCGCUCAAACAGAGGCACCAAGUGUUAAAAAGAAGAAAAAGGGUUCUGGUGGUUUCCAGUCUAUGGAUUUUAGUUUUCCAGUUCUCAAAGGCAUAACUAAAAGAGGGUAUAAACAACCGACACCAAUUCAAAGGAAGACCAUACCAUUGGCUUUAAAUGGCAAAGAUGUUGUUGCUAUGGCGCGUACAGGAUCCGGUAAAACUGCAUGUUUUGUGCUACCAAUUUUGGAAAAACUUUCUGCGCCUUCAAGCAAACCUUUGCCAGGGAAGAAUUUCAGAGCUCUCAUCUUAUCUCCAACUAGGGAACUGGCUCUGCAGACUUUAAGGUUUGUUAGAGAAUUAGGAAAAUUCACUGGCCUCACGUCAGCUGCAAUACUCGGCGGAGAAUCUAUUGAGCAGCAAUUCAGUGUGAUGUCCGGUACAGCACCGGAUAUUGUUGUUGCGACGCCGGGCCGAUUCCUACACAUAUGUAUUGAAAUGAAUUUGAAACUCGAUAACAUAAAAAUGAUGGUAUUUGAUGAAGCAGAUCGUUUAUUUGAACUUGGAUUUGGUGAGCAAUUGCAAGAAAUACUCGCUCGUUUACCUACAAACCGUCAGACAUUACUUUUCUCUGCAACAUUACCUAAAAUGUUGGUGGAGUUCGCAAAAGCUGGUCUAAUGGACCCAGUAUUAAUAAGGCUGGAUGUUGAUUGGAAACUGCCCUCGACGCUGUGGCUCGGGUGGUUACAUGUCAGAGCAGAGUUAAAAACUGCAGCCUUACUAUUGCUAUUGGAUAAAGUUCUAACUCCAGAAACACCACAAGCAGUAAUUUUUGCAGCUACUAGGCACCAUGUUGAAUAUAUACAUUUGAUCCUCCAGAAGGCCGGCAUAUCGUCGACGUACGCAUACUCGGGGCUGGACCCGUCGGCCCGCAAGAUAUCCCUGGGCCGGUUCGUCAACAACAAGUGCUCGGUGCUGGUGGUCACCGACGUGGCGGCUCGCGGGCUGGACCUGCCCGCCCUCGACACUGUCAUCAACUACCACUUUCCUACCAAGCCCAAGCUGUUCGUGCACAGAGUUGGUCGCGUGGCCCGCGCGGGGCGGGCGGGUCGCGCGUGGUCACUGCUAGCGCCGGCCGAUGUACCGCACCUGCUGGACACCACGCUGUUCCUGGGCGCUGCUCUCACGCCUCCCGCGCAGGUAUCGGCGACAGGUAUGGGAUGCCCCAGCGGCGUGUGGGGCGGGUUGCCGGGCGCGGCGCUGGAGAUGUUGCAACAAGACGUCGCCAGGUGGGAGGCGCACUGUCCUGACGUCGAAGAAGCGGUUCGUACUUGCGGUCGCGCGUGGCAACAAUACUCGCGGUGGCGCGAGCCCGCGUCGGCCGACUCCAACAAGCGCGCCAAGCUGCUGCAAGCGCCCGCCCACACGCAUCCCUACCUCCGCGGCAACGACCACGCCGACCACGACGACAACGCGAAUACGCUCGCAGAUCUCAUCAAGAACUAUACGCCCAAAGGGACGAUUCUGGAGCUGGGCGGCAAGAACGACUCGCCCAUGUACAUGGCCAUGAAAGCAAAGAAACAAAUUCACGGCAAAACUGUGCAGAAAGUGAGGGACAUGAAGAAACUACAGUCUGAGGGCAAAUUCCUGGACUUGCACGUGGACGGGACUUCGAAGAAAAAGAAGAAAGAAAUGGUUCGCGACGAGAACUAUAUCCCCCACGAGGCCAGCGAUCAACACACAGAAAUUGGGAUGGCGGUAAAUUUGUCGUUGGGCGCCGGUCACGCGGAGCUGGAGCUGCGCGCCGAUAACGGAGACGACGCGAGGCAACGACGCAAUACCAAGCGGUGGGACCGGAAACGGAACAAGAUGGUCUCCAACGAUCCGGAGGGCGGUCGCAAAAUGAUUCGCACAGAGAGUGGGGCCCGCGUGCCGGCCUCGUAUCGCAGCGGCCGCUACCAGGAGUGGUGCAAGCGGAACGUCACCGCCUGCCACCAGCACCAGCACCAGCCAGGGGGGGACACGGAGCAACACCAGGGGAACGGGAGGAGGCCAGUGUCGGAAUUCCGCCCCCACUGGAUGAAGCACAAUGAGCGCGUCGCCGCGAAGAAGGCGGAGGCAUCCUCGAAGGAGUUCCGCAACAAGCAGCAGAUCGUCAAGGAACGGCUCCGGAAGGAUAAGAUCAAGCAGAAGCUCAAGCACAAGAUGAAGUCCAAGAAAAAGAAGAAGUAAUCUGUAAUAAAAAUUAUGUGUAUAUA